AUGGAGUGCACCGAUGACCAAAAACUACAGUUUGCUACCUUUCUGCUAAAAGGUAAGGCUCGUCAUUGGUGGAGAUUGGUGCAACCUAGAUAUGGGGAUCCGACAACAAUUACUUGGGCCAAUUUCCGUCAGGAGUUCUUCGAUCAUUAUUUUCCUAUGGUGUAUCAGGAUGCUAAGCAGAAGAUGAGAGAGCAAAAUGUAGGAGAGGAGGGCCUCAGAGGUAGGAUCAGAACAAUAGUGGCCUCACACUACUGCUCAGAGUUUGGGAAAUUGACAGAGAUAGCUAUGAGAGUUGAGAGUAAUUUGAGAGAUUUUGAUAAGAGAGAGCCACAAAGACCAAAGCGUAGUAACCGUGAGUGGACAGUUGGUGGCCCAAGCAAUAGAAAUCAAAAAAGAGAUGAUAGUUUUUCCGAGACCUCGAGCAGUUCAAGACAGAUGCAAAGACAGGCUCAGAGUCAACAUUCAGUGGACAAUAGUAAUUGGAAUAUGAGGACUCAAGACAAUAGAUAUCAAAGUGGUGGUGCAAGUGGGAGUCAACGAUCACCCUGUAACAGUUGUGGUAGGUUUCACUUGGGGCAGUGUCAGAAAGGAGCUUCACGUUGUUAUCAUUGUGGGCAGUUUGGCCAUAUCAAGAGAAAUUGUCCCAUUUUGGCUCAAUGUGAUAAUGCCUCGGUUCAGCAGAAUUUCAAAGGAAAUAAGGGCCAGUUUCUGGGACAACAGAAAUCUCAGGUACAGAAGGCCUAA